AUGGCCACCCCUAGUGGCCAGAAUAGCUGGGCCACUGCCGACGACUGGGCCGCCCAAAGACCCUACAUCACCACUCUUUGGGAUGAAAAUAAGACGUUAAAAGAGAUCAUGCAUAUAAUGCAGGAGAAGUAUCAAUUCUUCGCCACCAUGAGGAUGUACAAGGCACGAUUUCAAAAGUGGGGGAUCGAAAAGAAGAUCAAGGCUGAAGAAGCCGUCGAGAUCUUUCGCCAGCAGACGGCCCGCGCUGCAGAAGGGAAACCGACCGUCGCAUAUAUCAGGGGUAGGCGAGUUGACCCGGACCGCCUCCAACGAUAUCGUUAUCGUGCAGCACCGCUUGUAUCUGAGAAGAUCAUGCACGCCGAAAAAGGGGGUGAUGAAGAUACAAAGUCUUCAAGAGUAAGCCAGAUCGUCUGCAGAACGCCGUCGCCGUCGCCGUCUCCUGAUACGGCCGAUUCAAAUUUAUCCAUUUCACCUCGUCUAGAAGAACCUACCGAGCUAAGGAUACCGCACGAAUGCAUGCAGAUUCUUCGAAAUUUUAUUCAUGGUGCUUUCGAUGGUGGUUUGUGGCAGAUGGCGUCAGAGGGGGAUCGUGCCGAGAUGAGCGGUGCAUUCACAUGGCAGCAUUACGUAGCUUCGUCGCAAGGGCUGAUCAGGCAUGGCCGAGUAAAAGAAGGCUUUUCGUUGUUGGGGAUGUGUUUUGACCAUUAUAAGCAGCAGCUGCAACGGCCAGACUCCAUGUUCUGGCUUGCCACUUAUAAAUGUGCAAUGGUCCUUGCUAGUCAAAAUCACCGGCUCGGGGACGCUUUUAUCGACUAUGCGUCGAAGCUCACGUCACUGAUGCUACCCCCGGGGCAUCCAUUCAACCAGCUGUGGUCGCGGGUUACAGUCACCGGUAUGACUGGAAUUCAAGGCCAUGCGGGAGCAAUAUUCGAAUCCUAUCUGGACAUGUGGGGGCGCCAUGUCAACUCGACUGAGACGAACACUACCAAUGACGUUCAGGGAGCAUUCGUAUUUAUUCAACUUCACUGCACGGGGCUCCUUUCGUUCAAUUUGCUCGAGACUGUUAUUCAGGGCAUGAUAGCCGGGCGGGCGAUCUCGAGAGAAGCCGCAGAAUUCCUCCUCCAAGAAACCAAGUUCCGGCUGGCUCUGUCUUGUCUUACGAUGCGACGGUUGAAGAAGGCGGAGACCGUUACUCAGGACAUAAUAUCGUGGCUCGAAUUACAGCCAUCAAGCUCUUAUCCGGACCUUCGUUGCAAAGCUGCAUGGUUGAUGUUUGAGGUCAAAGAACGUAGGGGAACUCAAGCAGAGGCAUUACGUGCGGGACAUGAUCUAUUGAAAAUAUCACAAGAUAUAUACGGCCCAGCACACAUACAAACCCUUGAAGCAAUGUCGGCCGUUGAGAAGUACUGCAGAAAGAUCGGUGCCACGAAGGGAGCCGAACAGAUGAGUCGAGACUUCGAGGGCAGAUGGCGCACCUUCCGCAGAAUGGCGGACUCACGGAAAAACUUCCCACAAGAGAUCGACCAGCCAUGGUAUUAUCGGUCAAUCGAGUUGGGCGAGAAAGUAGAAAAGGUACAGGAAACGGUCGACAUGUUCGAACGUUGCUUGAAACUCGCCGACGAUUCUCCCCGAGUAUCAUGA